ACAGACACUGAGAGACUGUCCACAGAUCAGCUGAGAGACUCGGAGAGGACAGAAGUCAUGGAGUCCUGUCAGAGUUUAAAGCUGCUGUUUGUGUCUCUGAUGAUGAUGAUGAUGAUGAUGGACGAGAUGAAGACGGGCUCAGCUGCAUCACAACAGAACUUCUGCUCGAACUCGACGGUGCUGAGGACUCGGACAGCGUGUCACUCCUGCAGCAUCAGCACGUUGAUACUCUGUCCAUCGGGAUACAAACAGACGCCCGGAUCCACCGCUCACGACUGCAAGUACCACAUCAGGACUCCCAGUCUGAACUUGGCCAUCGGCGGCUGCUCCUUCGAGUGCUACAGAGAGGCGGAGAUGAAGAGCUGCUGUCCAGGUUACUGGGGUCCAGACUGUAUCGAGUGUCCCGACCAGGCCGACAGACCCUGCAGCAACAGAGGAGUCUGUUCUGAUGGAGUGGGAGGAAACGGAACCUGCAGCUGUCAGGUGGGCUUUGCAGGAACUGCAUGUGAGGACUGUGCAUCUGGUCGAUAUGGUCCCACCUGUAGUUCAGUGUGUUCAUGUGUCCACGGUCUGUGUGACUCUGGUUUAAAAGGUGCUGGUACCUGCACCUGUUUCUCUGGAUAUAAAGGUCCAAACUGUGAUCAAGAGUUACCUGAGUGUGCAGCUCUCAGCUGUCAGCAGAACUCUCGCUGUAUGGAAGAAGCUCUGACAGGACAGCUGGUGUGUCAGUGUCUACCUGGAUACCAGAAAUCAGGAGCUCAGUGUUUAUCCAUAAACCCUUGUCUCCAGCGGGUCUGUCAUGUUCACGCCUCCUGUGUCCACACUGGUCCAAACCAGCACCUCUGUGCCUGUAACGAGGGUUACACCGGGGACGGACGAGUCUGCAUGGCCAUCGAUCCAUGUCAGACCAAACAGGGAGGCUGCUCCGCCGAGUCUGCACGCUGUGUCUACGACGGCCCGGGGAAGUCUCACUGUGAGUGUCUUCCUGGUUUUGACACCCUGUCGAACGGCGGCUGCAGCCUGAAGGAUUCCUGUAGACCUGAUUCCUGUCACAAGAACGCCAACUGUACCACUGUGGGACCAGGAAGAGUCGAGUGCACCUGUCUCCAGGGUUACCUUGGUAACGGUAAAGUGUGUUAUGGGAACAUCAUACAGCGUCUGAAAAGUCUGAACACAGAACCUGGAGGACAAUGGAGCGGUCAGCUGAGCAACGCCAUCACUUUGUUCGGUUCUCUUUCGUGGCCUCUGCAGAAUUUGGGUCCUUUCACUCUUUUUGUCCCGAUCAAUAAAGGCUUCAGAGGAACUUCAGUGAAGACUCUGACAGCUGACUUGUCCAAAGCUAAAUACCUGUGUAAGAUGCACCUGGUUGCUGGGGUGAUGCCCUUUGACACUCUGAAGAAAACUGAUGUCUUUUACACUCUGACCGGAAAAUCAGCUGAGACGGACACAUCAGAGGGGGACACUCUGGCUAAAAUCCGUAUCCAUGGCAGCAGGAAGAAAGGAGUGAUCAUCCAGUCUGACGUCGUCGCGUCCAACGGGAUGAUUCACAUCAUCAAUAAGCUGAUGGACAGUGUCUCACCCACAGUGGAGAGCGACACACAGGAGAACCUGAUGAAGAUCAUUUCUGACUACGGCAAAUUUGACAAGUUCAAGUCUUUAUUAGAGAAAGCUGAGCUGGCGUCAGUCGUGGACCGGCCUGGUCCCAUCACCGUCUUUGCUCCCAGCAGUUCGGCCUUCGAUGCGAUGACUGAAGGUCACCUGCAGUUCCUCAGCAGUCCUGAAGGCCACAGCAAACUGGUGGAGCUGCUCAGGAACCACAUCGUGCCGUCCACCGCGCUGGAGGUCUAUAACGCCGUGUCCAGUCCCACAGUUGUGACGAUGGCCAAUCAGGUUCUGACGAUGAACGUGACAGAAAACGGUCAGAUUUUGGUUGAUGGGGCGGCGGUGUUGGAGGCGGCAGUGGAAGCUAAAAACGGACGUCUGUAUGUUCUGGAUGGAGUUUUGACUCCGCCCUCCAUCCAACCUGUGCUGCCCCACAGGUGUGACAUCACAGAGACCAAAAUCAUCAAGGGUGAAUGUGUCAGCUGCUCCCGAGUCAAACUGUCUCAGUGCUCGUCUGGACUUUACACAGGCUCCUCCACCUACGGAUGUGUUUACAUUCUGUCCAUCAGCCGGCCAGCUGUUAGAAUCCCGGCAACAGGCUGCUCGCCCGUCUGCAACGCCACUGUCACGACUCCAGCAUGUUGCAAAGGUUUCUACGGUCCGGACUGCAGUCCCUGUCCAGGUGGAUACCAGAGUCCGUGCUCCGGACACGGUCAGUGUUUGGAGGGGAUUGGAGGAAAUGGAUCAUGUAUCUGUGAUUCCAACUUCAGCGGCUCUCGCUGUCAGUACUGCUCCUCCUCCAACAAGUAUGGACCAAACUGUGACAGAACCUGUCCCUGCAUCCACGGACAGUGUGAUAACCGUCCGGUCUCAGAAGGUCGAUGUAAACUGGACUCCUGUCUGACGGGUUUCACUGGUCAGUUCUGCGAUCGCAGGACGGCGGCCUGUGGCGUCCAGGCUCAGUUCUGUCACGCCCACGCAGACUGUGACUUCAACCAGGGAACCACCAGGUGUGUAUGUAAACCUGGUUACCAAGGUGACGGUAUCACCUGCGUGGAGUCAGACCCCUGUGCUCCACCUCUCCGAGGCGGCUGCAGUGUGAACGCUAAAUGUAUAAAGACAGGACCAGGUACUCACUCCUGUCAGUGUCUGACCGGAUGGAGGGAGGACGGGGACGAGUGUCAGCCAAUCAACAACUGCGAUGGUCCCGACAGAGGAGGCUGCCACCUCAACGCCACCUGCAUCUACGUCGGACCCGGACAGAGUGACUGUACAUGUAAAGCCGGCUACAAAGGAAACGGGCGAGACUGUGAAGCUGUUAAUCAGUGUGUGACUGUAAACGGAGGCUGUCAUUACUUAGCCAGCUGUCGCCUGCUGUCCUCUCAGUGGACGUGUGUUUGUGAUGAAGGAUAUGUUGGAAACGGACAAAUAUGUUACGGUACAGUCGGACAGGAGCUGAUGGCUCUGCCAGACUCCUCAGAGUUCUUCACAUGGACGACUGAGUCCGGUCUGUCUUGGUCUCUGUCGGAUCAGAACGUCACCCUCCUGGUUCCGUCUUCAGCUGCCGUCGCUAAAAUGUCUUCAGAGGACAAAAACUUCUGGACCACGAAGGCUAAUCUGCCUAGUCUCAUCAGAAAUCACAUGAUCCCGGGUAACUAUCCAUUAUCCAGCCUGAGCAGCAUUUCCUCUCUGACUUCUCUUCUCAAGACAGCACUUCCUGUUUCAACGACCAAUGAGGUCACAGCUGUUGGAGGAGCGACCAUCACCACAUCGAAUGUAGCCGCUACCAACGGACUGAUCCACGUCAUUGAUAAGGUUUUGGUUCCUGACAGGAAGCUGAGUGAAGGUCUGCUGGCGACUCUCGCUCUGAGGCCGGACUUCUCUCUGUUCAGAUCGUAUCUCAUCGAUUACAACCUGACAGACGAGAUCGAACAGGCAAACGAUUUCACCAUCUUCGCUCCAACAGACGCCGCCAUCACUGAUUACCUCAAGAAAAUGGCUGCAACUGCACUGGAUGUGAAUACGACUCGUUACCACGUGGUGGUGUCGGAGCGUCUGCUGAAGACCGACCUUCAGCCUGGAGGAUACAAACAGACGCUGCUCGGAUUCUCCUUCCAGCUUGGCUUCUUCCCCCGAGAUGGAAAGCUGUUUGUGAACGAUGCUCAGAUAAACUCCUCCAACAUCUUGAGUGGUAAAGGAGUGAUUCACGGUCUGUCAGCUGUUCUAGAGAUCAACAGGAAUCGCUGUGAUGAGGCCAAAUACCAGAGAGUCAUGGGAACCUGUGUGGACUGUUUAUUCCCACAAGGCAAACUCUGCCCGAAUGACACCGUCCCGGACAAAUCAAUGAAGACGAGGAAAUGUAUGUUCACUCGGAUGUUUGAAGAAGAACGACUGCUGACCAUCGGCUGCAGAGCCACCUGCCUCCAGAAAAACAUCGUGCGGAAGUGUUGUGGAGGGUUUUUCGGGGUGCACUGUGAGCCGUGUCCCGGGCCGAAGGGUCAACCCUGCUUUGGUAACGGACUCUGUCUGGACGGGACGAACGGGACCGGUCUCUGUCAGUGUAACAAAGGUUUUAGUGGGACCGCCUGUGAAACCUGCCAGAGCGGGAAAUAUGGAGUCCACUGUGAUCAGGAGUGUGUGUGUAAAAAUGGCCGCUGUAAUGAAGGGCUGAAAGGCGAUGGGACGUGCGAGUGUGACGUUGGUUGGAGAGGAGUCUUCUGUGAUGAAAAAAUUGAAUCCAAAGCUGAUGAACUGUGCGGUUCGGUGAAAUGUCACACCAGCGCAAACUGUGCGGUCAGACCGUCCGGCUCUCAGUGUCUCUGUGCGGCUGGAUUUGAAGGAAAUGGAACUUUUUGUCAAGCUAAAGACCCGUGUUUGGUGGAUAACGGCGGCUGCAGUCUGUAUGCGGUCUGUAAGAGGACUCGACCCGGCCGAAGAGACUGUGUCUGUGACAGCGGUUACUCUGGUGAUGGACUCGUGUGUGUCGAAAUAAAUCCCUGUCUGGAAGGAAACGGAGGCUGCCACGACAACGCAGACUGCGUUCAUGUCGGACCAAACAAAACUUCCUGUGUCUGCACUGAAGGUUACUCAGGUGACGGACAGAACUGCAAGAUGAUCAACUUGUGUCAAAAGAAAAACGGCGGCUGUAACGAGUACGCCAGGUGUAACACGACGGGUCCGGGUGUUCGUACCUGCACGUGUGUCGGUAGCUACGUAGGAGACGGCCUCACCUGCAGAGGCACCGUGGGGAAGGAAAUCCUGAAGAGGAGGCUGAGAGACUUUUACUUCGGGCUGAUGGUGGUGGACAUUUCUCUGAAGGGUCGCGGCCCGUUCACCGUCUUCGCUCCGAAUGCCGAUGCCUUCGCAGCAGACAGAAAUGGCACCAACAAGAUGAAAUUGUUGAUGUCGGACAAAUAUAAAGAACAAUUCGCCGCCGUAAUGCGCAGCCACAUCGUCAUGUGUCACACUCUGCUGCCCGCUGACCUGAGCCGACCCCGAAACUUGACGUCUCUGUCUGGGCUCGUCCUGACCACCAGGUCCACCCAGGGCAACAUCUUCAUCAACCAAGCUAAUGUGAUGUACAGCGACGACGUCAGCAUUAACGGGAUCUUUCAUGAAAUCAACAAAAUUCAGUUUCUUCCUAAAGAAAAUAAGCCAGAGGUUCCUCUGAACCUGACUGAUGUGGCUGAACGUCAUGGUUAUAAAACCUUCUACAAACUGCUCGAGGACACGGGUGUGAUGAACCUGGUGAAUGAUGGGAUGUACCAGCCGGUGACGGUCUUCCUGCCCUCAGAUGGCGUCAUGGCAUCUCUGCCGCAGGAGCAGAAGGACUUCCUGUUCCACCAAGACAACCGACCACAGCUGGUGGAGUACCUCAAGUACCACAUCCUGCAGGCCCAGAAGGUUUACGCUGAGGGUUUGAUCUAUCUGCAAGCAGCUCGGACUCUGCAGGGUUCACCGCUCUCGUUCACCUGUGGAGGAACAGACGACAUCGGAGAAAUCUUUGUUAAUGAUGAAAAGUGUCGGAUUGUUCAGAGACACCUCGUCUUUAACAGUGGGAUCGCCUACGGGAUCGACUGCCUGCUGACUCCACCCAGCCUCGGAGGACGCUGUGACGAACAGACGACCUUUGACCUUCAGAUGAGCUGUGGACUGUGCACCUCCUUAGCUUCUCGCUGUCCCAGAGGGUCCAAACUGAAGGAGGUUCAGAAGUGUGAUCUUCCCACCGUCUACGUCACUAAAAACUCCGGCUGUAGCAGGAUCUGCACCGUCAACUUCUGGCAGCCAAAGUGUUGUCAUGGUUACUAUGGACGAGACUGUCUGGUCUGUCCCGGCGGAGUCGGCUCUCCCUGCGGUAACCGUGGUAAAUGUGACGACGGUCACCUUGGUAACGGUACCUGCACCUGUGACUCAGGUUUCAGGGGCGUGGCCUGUGAGCUGUGCAGUGAUGGAUUCUACGGAGCCACCUGUAAAGCCUGUAACUGUUCAGAACACGGGUCAUGUGACGAUGGACGAAAAGCUACAGGUGCGUGUUUCUGUGAGGCCGGCUGGACCGGAGAACGCUGUGAGACCCCGCAGGCUGAAGUCUCUGAGUGUUCUCCGUCCUGUUCUCCAAAAGCCGUCUGUCAGGACAACAACACCUGUGUGUGUCGGCCAUUUUAUGAGGGAGACGGAUUCACCUGUACAGUGGUGGACAUGUGUCAGAUCUGGAACGGUGGUUGUGCUAAAGGAGCCAGGUGUUCUCAGAAAGGAGAAAAGGUGAGCUGCACCUGUCCUAAAGGUCACUCUGGAGACGGCUUCGCCUGUCAGCCCAUCGACCCCUGCGUCUCCGGAGAGAACGGCGGCUGCCACGAACACGCCACCUGCACCAUGACGGGUCCGGGGAAGAAGAAGUGCAGCUGUAAGGACAACUACAUCGGAGACGGCGUCACCUGCGACGUCAAACAGCUGCCACUCAGCCGCUGUCUCCAGGACAACGGACAGUGUCAUCAAGACGCCAAAUGUACCGACCUCCACUUCGAAGACACGAAGCUCGGUGUGUUUCACUAUCGUUCAGAUAAAGGUCAGUACAAGCUGAACUACACUGCAGCCCAACAGGCCUGCGCUGCAGACGGAGGUCGCCUGGCUACGUAUACUCAGCUGUCCUACGCUCAGCAGGGCGGGUUGAACAUGUGUGCUGCCGGCUGGUUGGACCAGGCCCGGGUGGCGUACCCCACCACCUAUUCCAACCCCCUCUGUGGCUUCGGACACGUGGGCAUCGUGGACUACGGCACCCGCAAAAACCUGAGCGAGACCUGGGACGCCUUCUGCUACCGGAUGAAGGAGGUGAAGUGUGAGUGUAAACCCGGUUACGUUGGAGACGGUUUCAGCUGUACAGGAAACCUGCUGCAGGUCCUCGAAUCCACAUCGACCUUCUCCAGCUUCCUCACACAAAUCCUGAACUACUCUCAGGCGUCAGAGUCAGGGAAGCAGUUUGUGAAGCGUCUCAGUAACCCGACGGUUCAGUCAACGCUGUUUGUCCCAGACAACAGCGGCCUGCCCGACAACCAGACUCUGUCUCAGCGGGACAUUGAGAUCCACCUGUCGGAGGGUCAGGCUCUUCCUCUCAGCCAGCUGAAGAACGGCAGUCGGAUCAGAACUCGUGUCGGCAGUCUGACCGUCCUCGGAGUCGCUGACCUGCUCAACCCCUCAGCGCUGUCAUCCUGUUACAUCAACGAUCGCUUCGUCACUGAAUCGGACAUCCUGGCCUCAAACGGGAUCAUACAUGUUCUCCAGGGACCACUGAAAGCCCCGCCUCCUCGCCAAGAGAUGCAUGUGGCACAUAAGGCAGGGAUGGGAGUUGGAGCGGUGCUGCUGACUGUUCUGGUGGCAGGAGUCGUCUUUGUUGGAUAUCACUUUUACACCCACCACACUAAACCCUUCCAGUUCCACUACUUCAAGGAGGACGAGGGGGAGGAAGAAGCUCCACCUGCAGACUGCAGUCGUAGCAUCUGUAACCCGGUUUAUGAAGCAGCUCCAGAACCUGCUGAGUCCAACGCAUCUGAUGUCACAGCGGAGGACAAACACGAGGUGGUGAACGGGGGAUCGUACGACCUGCUGCAGGACAGCUGAGAGACAAACUGCUGCUGCUCACUGCUGGACUGGAACCCUCAUCACUGUUUUUAUACCAGCUUCAAACAGUGUUUCAUCACAGACUGAGUUUUAUUUUCUGCACUGAUAAAAGCCGGCCUGUCCUGUCUCAGGUUUGUCUUUCUAAGAACUGAACUGCGUUGCCUCCCAAAACCAGACAGUUGAUGGAGGAUUCUCAGCCCUCACAGAAAACCAACACUAAUGAUGUGUUCAGGUGCUCCAAGUCAACUUCUAAAAUCUGACAUCUCCAGAAGUUGCUCUGUAUUAGCUGACAAAGUGUUUAAAUCCCACUAGUGAAGUCUGGCAACUUCAGUGAUACCAGGUUUUACAAACUGAUGUUUCACUCCAGGACAUGAAUGGACAACUGGCAAACUCAAGUCAUUUCACCCCGAGUACAAAAAAAGCUUCUUUCUUCCCCCUAGUGGCAGUCUUAAAACUCCAUUCAGUUUGGUAUGUUUGACUUUCGGUGUUAAUUAAUAAAAACAUCCCUGCAGUUUUAACUAGAUUUGUUGUCAUAACAGUUGCAAUUUUUUAAUUUUAAACUUUGAACUGCAGAUAAUGUAAAACAAAAUAAAGUGAAGAAUCUUGUAAAAGUGUGAAGUUAAAUGUUGAUUAAAACAUCAAAGAGUGUUUAA